CGCUGCUAAGCCGCCGUCAAGAGCAGUUCUAAUAAAAUUUGCUUGAAUGGUUUCAGAUUGAAGAACAAAUAAAGUCAAAAUUUUAUUGAAAGGCGCGAGUGACCAUUAUUUUGUUUUUUGUUUUUUUGUCAAUUUACAGAUAAAAUAUAUUUUUAUAAAAUAAAAUAAAUUAAGUUUAGUAAAAAAAAACAUCAACAAAGUUUUCCUUUCUCGAUUUGUGAAACGAACUCCAACAAACAAUUUUUUAAACACAUUAAUCCAGUGAUAUUUUUGAAAAAUGCCAACUAACUCGUCAAAACUCAGCAUGUCUCAAACAAAGGACCGCCAUUUAAUUCUACGCACAUGUGGUUUGUGCAUUGCAAUCCUAGGUUUAUUUACAGGCUUGUUCUGGCAUAUGAUUUUUAAAUCAAUACUACAUAAAGAAUUAGUUCUACGUCCAAAUUCCAGAAUAUAUGAUUUUUGGAAAAAUCCACCAAUCAAACUAAAUGUAGAUUUUUAUUUAUUUAAUUGGACGAAUUCAGAAGAUUUGUAUAAUCCAUCCAUAAAACCAAAAUUUGAAGAACUUGGCCCAUAUCGAUAUAUAGAGAAUCCUGAAAAGCUUGAUGUUGUCUGGCAUCCAGAAAAUGCUACUGUAUCAUAUCGUAAGAGAAGUGAUUUUCGUUUUGUACCUUCAAGUAGUAAAGGACAACUAAAUGAUAUGAUAACAGCAAUUAAUCCACCGGCAGUGGUUGCAGCCACUCGAUCAAAACGAAUGAAUGAAAUAAGGCGUACUCUUAUCGAUAUAACCCUUAAUGUAUAUGCAAACGAUAUGUGCAUAACUAAAUCAGCUGAAGAUAUACUUUUCCGUGGCUUCCAUGAUAUGUUGUUAGUUGCUGGUACUAUAGUGCCAACCGCUAUUAGUGCUCAAACUGUUCCCUAUGAUAAAUUUGGUUACUGUUAUCCCAGAAAUUAUAGCGCGGACUUUUAUGGUGUUUUCAAUGUGCAUACUGGAGCUGAUGACAUAACUAAAGUUGGUCAAAUUCAUAAUUGGAAAUUUAAAAGUACCACCGAAUUCUUGCCAGACAAAUGUUCUCAGAUAUACGGUUCUCCAGGAGAAAUUCAACCAUCCAAUCUAAAGGAAGGGGACACACUUAAUUUAUUUUUACCUGAUCUAUGUCGUCCAAUACCAAUGGAAUAUUCCGAAACUGUUGAAGUGGAAGGCGUGCGUGGUUUUAAAUAUAUAGCUGGCUUGAAAGCAGUUGAUAAUGGCACUUUAUAUCCGGGCAAUGAAUGUUAUUGUAAUGGCGAGUGCGUGCCAUCUGGUGUAGUUAAUAUCACAGCUUGUUGGUUUGAUGCACCCAUUUUUCUAUCGUAUCCACACUUCUAUAAUGCGGAUCCAUAUUUUGAAAAUUUAAUAGAAGGAAUGAAACCAGAUAAAGAAAAACACGAAUUUUUCCUUGUAAUUGAUCCUGUAACCGGUUUGGCAUUGGAUGUAGGUGGUAGAUUGCAAUUAAAUAUACUUGUAGAACCAAUACCACAUUUAAAGAGAUUUAAGAAUGUGAGAAAAGCUUAUUAUCCAUUAUUUUGGCUAGAUGCUACCGCUCGAAUUUCCCCAGAAUUAGCAACUGAAUUAAUAUUGAUAUCAAGUAUAAAAUUGUAUGGCCAAGUGGCUGGAGGUAUUUGUUUCCUUAUAGGCUUGUUUCUGUUCCUGUGGCAUCCGCUUAAAGGACAUUUUAAUCGACGAUUAAUGCAACAUAUCAAAAUCAAUGACAUUACACCAGAAGCCACUACCAAAUCAACAGAUAAAAAUGAGGGAACACCUGAAACGUUAUCGUUUUUAGGUGAUACCAAAAAUGGUGGAAGUUUAUAUCCAAAAAUUAUAAGCACUGAUAGUGAAAACAAAAUAAUCACAAACCUGACAACAAAUUCUUCGGCACCAAAGCACAGUCAUUUGUCCUUAAAUUCAAGUUAAAAUCUUUAAGGAGAGCAUGAAUGUGUUUAUUCAAAAUCAAUGCCAAUUUUUUAAUGUAUACUAUUUUAAAAUAUAUUUUUAUAUUUUCAAAAUUAAGAUAAUUAAGAUAUCAUAAGUAAAUAGCUUAAGUUUUAUAUAUUAAAAUAUACUGUUUUGGAUUCCAAAAUAAACAUUUUUGUUACUAA